AUGCAUGAAAUCAAAGUUCUAAUUGAUGAAUGGCAUAAUAGAUUCCGCAAGAAGGUAGUUUCAGCCAAGGAGAAAACCACUAAACUUGAGCUUUCGAAAGCGCUCGAGAAUCUCAUCAAGCAGUUCGAUCGAGUGAAUUUGGAUCUGAUCAAGUCGCAAGUGAACGCCACAUUUGACUCCAGUGAAUAUCCGGAUGACGAUGCCGAAGUUUUCGAAAAAGAAUGUGAUCCUUUGGAGGUGAGCGAACUCAUGGAAGAAGAAAUACGUCAACAAGAAAAACUCGAGGCUGAUGGAGUGAAUAAGCUGUUGGUUUCUGGUGAAGACUCGCUGAAUGUCGACCAUCCUUCAACUAGUAUCGAGAAAGACUCCAAAAUCGCUGACCCGACUCGAGACGACGCAAUCAUUGAGCAAUGGUCAAACGACGAGUAUAAACGCGAAUUGGAAAAAUAUAAAAAAGAACAUCAUAUCAAUGCAACUUCAUCAGGACUAAGAAACGAGACUGCGUGUGAUUUGUAUAUGCGAUGUCGUAAUCAGAUGCACAUGGCCGUCGACAGUUGCGCUUGGCGGUUUGCCAGUAGUAAAAUUCUACCCAGCCUGGUCGAAAGUGCUGAGAGUUUGCUUUAUCGGGCUGAGGAACUGUGCGAUCCAGCGGAACAGCCCUUCUACGAGGAGCUCUAUGAGAUGAUGAUCAAACGAAACACCCGACUUCGUGACUGCCUUGACAAGAAGAACGAGAAAAUUCGUAAGUUUCCUCCAACCGUUUUCAAAGGCACGAGCAACGUACUGUAUUUGCAGUUCGAGACAUCAGUCUGUCUACCGUACUCCCCUGUGAAGCACCUCAUGUAUGGAUCAGCAUUCAUCCGACUACUUAGCGAGGAUUAUAAAGAAUCAUCUGCUUGUUUCCGUGAUGCGAACCUCAUUCAGGAAAAAUGUACAAAACUCAGGGAAUGCUGUCCGAACUUUGACAGUUGUCGUCAAGAAACCAUGGAUAUGACCCUUGAACAGGCUAUCAUCAGCAAGACUGCUCGAAUGAAUGAGGACAAGCAAAAUUGUCUGAAGUCGAAAGCUCGUGAAGCGUUCAAAAGUACUUUGAGAGGGCUCUUCGGCCAUGGAAGUCGAGAAACAAUGCAAAAAUUGAAACGAGGUGAACUAAACCUUGAUCUACAACGAGGAGCCCAAGUCUUGGCAAGGCUUAGGUGA